AUGUAUACAUGUUUGGAACAACUUGAAGGUGUCUGCAAGCGGGGCGGUGACACCGGCACAGGUAUGGCAGACCUUAGCACGACCUGGGAGUGUGAGUUGCUGGAGCAAUUCUCCUGUCUGACUGCCGCCACAGAGGAAGAGCUCCAUCUGAAUACCUCAGAUAUUAACGUUACCUCGGAAAGCAGCGACAACACAACGGGCUUAUUGCAUUUAAGUGAUGAAGUUCUCCUGGUAAUAUUGAGGAACUUGGACCCAGUGUCGCUGCUGAGGCUCGGCAGCACGUGCAGUUUAUUGUUCCGAGUUUGUUCGUGCAACUCUCUGUGGACCACACACUUCCAGGAUUCGUUUGGGGUCAGUCUGUCAUAUACCCACGCCAGGUGUCCCGUAACGGCCAAAACCGCCUUCCGCUUGGUAUUUAUGUGGCGAUCCCUCUUCAGAAACAUCCACUGUAACCGUGCGUUUCAGGAGAAGCUCUUCGUGGAGAUUCCACUCGCGCCACACAAGUACUGGGUCCAGUGGCUCGUGCUGGAGGAAAUCGUCCCGUUGCCCUCAGUGAGGCUUCCCUGCAGUGAUGUGGAGAAAUUGUGGGGCAUCACCACAGAUUUGUUCCAGGACAAACUCCAAGAGAAAACUGAAGAUUGUGACGCCCUCAAAUUUGAAUGGAGGGAGCUGUAUCAUCUUGCACUGAAGCAUCAUGGUAGUGUCUCACUGGUCUUCCAGCAUGUUCUCAGCCAACACCAAAACAAGGAGCAUGCAGAGCUGGAGUCCAUGUACCAUCAAUACGUCCAGUGUAGGUUCCAGUGGCUGUUCACAUACUGGUUGUUUCGUCAGCCGACUCCGUACAACAAGCAGCUGCGCUCCAUUUUCCUGCAGUGGAAGAAGCACAGCAAGAGAAAGGUGGCCACCUGGGGUGAAACACUGUGUGACGUGAGGUACCUGGCCUCCCUGCACCCCAUCACCAAAGACUACUGGAGAGGCCGAUUGGCCCGGGGAAAUGAGAGCCUGGGGAUUCAGACUGUUGGAAACUACUUCUCCAUGUGUAAGUCUCUCAUGGCCUGGAUCUUGGGCCGCGACUGGGGCCGACUGAAGCGAAGAAAGGUUUAUGAAGACACCCUGGAGGGUGUAUAUCUUGUGCUGAGGCGGGACAUGCAGGAGACGCUCAUCGAGCACGAGCACUUCUGGCAGGUGGCCAAAGUCCAGAUGACCCGUGUCUGUGCGCUGGAGGAGACGGCCGCAAAUUAUGUCAACUGGAAAAUGAUUGAGACACUCCCCUACUACAAGCUGUAUCUGGUGUCUGGUAAUUCCGUGUACCUGGAUCAUGUGCAAGGUUUCUUGCGUAGAAAGAGGAUAAUCCGGGAUUGGAUUUACCUGGAGGAGAACGUCUGGGCUAGACAGUUGCUUCCUGAAUCGCUCUACACAUUGCUGGAAUUUGACACCAAGAUAUCUCAAGAGAGUUUGCACGGGGACUCUGUGGCGUCCCAGCUGAGUCGACUCAUGUGGCUGUACCUGAACUCGGGUCAGGAGCUCUAUCUGGAGGCGCUGAAGGGAAUGGUGCUGCAGUGCGCUCAGCUCUGUCUCCAUCACCUCGGCACGCUUCAAGCGUAGACCUGAUACAGACCCAAACAUUUUAACUU